AUUAGCAAUACAUAACACAUACAAACCCACUUUACAAAACUAUUCAAGGGAACAUUUUCAUUACAGGAUUAGCUGGAUAAAGAGAGUAGUGGUAGUUGUGAAUAAAAGUUUUCUGCCAUUUAUGGAACAAUUAGUGCAAGAUAAUUGUCUAGAUAAAGUUGUGCUAGUGAAAGGCUGUUCCACAAGACACAGGUCUAUAUAUGCUGGUGUGAAAUCAUUAGUUAAAGGUGAAGACAAAUCCAGUGUGGUUGUCAUCCAUGAUGCUGUAAGACCAUUGAUAGAUGAAACAGUAGUGAAGAAAAUUGUGUGCUAUGCUAAGACAUAUGGGGCAUCAGGUGUGACACGCCCCCUUGUUUCCACGGUGAUAUCAGCUGAUGAUGAUGGUUUAUUGAAGGAAUCUCUAGACAGGAGUCAGUAUUGUGCCAGUGAGAUGCCACAGGGGUUCCAACUGAACGUUAUUCAAACAGCUUAUGAAAUGUCGGAUGAUAAUGAUUUUGACUAUGGUACAGAAUGCCUUUUACUUGCCAUGAAGUAUACAGGGACCAGGGCCAAGUUGUUUACAGGGCCAGACAGUUUAUGGAAGGUGACACACAGAAAAGAUUUAUAUGCAGCUGAAGCAAUUUUGAAAGAACAGAAUAUAUCAGUUCAAGUUAUAUUUUCAUCAUGCCCGGAGGAUCAAGAUAUGCUGAAUGCUGUGUUGUCACAAUUUAGGAAUAAGAUGCUUGUUGUGAAGGAAAAUGAGAGUUCAGGAUCAGUCAGUUGUAACAGUGCUGUGAUCAUAUACUCACAAAUUACCAAAAGUGCAAUAUCAGAAAAUACCCAACGUGUUCUCAAACCAUCUAUAGACACAAAAGUAACCUUGGAAACUCUAUUAAAGCCAUGUAUUAUUCAUGUUUAUAAUGGAAAAAAGUUAAACAAUGAAGAUACUUUUGAAUAUAUGAGGACAAUCCAUGAUAUGACAGAAAACUUCCCAGAUUCUCUCAGUUUUGGAAUAUUGAAUUUUAAUAUAGCAGACUACAAGAAGUUAUCAGAUAUGGUGACCAGUCUGGUAUGGAACAGAGAUUCUACAUUGUCUGGACAGACGUUUGUUAUAGACAGCAACAAAAAUAACAAAAUCUAAAUUAUAACCUUAUGUGAUUAUUUAGCCUUUGCCUCCAGUAUAGAACCAGACCAGCCUGUACAUCUGUGUAGUCUGACUAGCCUCUAUACUGUUGGCUGCUAAGUUAUUUUAUUUUGAAAUCCCUUAAACUUUGAAUGGAUUAUUUAAAAUUCAAGAAUCGUUGUGAAGACACUUUACUGGUAUAUAUGUAUUUAUAUGUUUUAUAUAGAGUUUUAUUUAAUUAAGAAGUGAUUUUUGCUUCUUUUCACUUGUUAUACUUGUAUCAUAAUACUCAACAUAUAUGUUCAUUAUUAUGUUUGGUGAUGUUCAUUGGUGCUUAAAUAUAUUUCUUUGUUAGCUCUUGUAAAUUAAGAUUCUGUAUGAGGUAUUUAUAAGGUUUGAACAGUCCAAUUUAGUUAUAUACACAUUAUGUUCAGAUUAUGACUCAAACUUUACUGAUGGAGGAAGACAUUGGGUGCCCCCCUCU